GCGGCGUGCGCCGAGCCGGGAGUGAGAUCACCCGCGUUAUAAAUAUCCCGGUGCCCGAGCCCGGAUCCGCGCCGGUGGCCUCGCCCCUCGCUCGCCCUCCGCUCCCCCCACUCCCCCUCUCGUCCCCGAGGCUAUGUCCACCCGGUGCCGGGAGAGGGGCCGCGUCAGAGGCACGCAGCCGCGCGCGGGCUACGGAGCUCAGGAGCUGCCCUCCAAGAUGCACUUCGGACCCCCGCGGCUGGAAGAAUGAGCUUGCCCUUCCUCCUCCUCUUCCUCAGCCACCUGAUCCUCAGCGCCUGGGCUCAAGGGGAGAAGCGCCUCGCCCCCAGAGGGCAGCCGGGACCCGGUGCCGGUGCCAGGAACCCGGGAGGCGCCCGCAGCAGCCGGAGCAGCGGUAGCAGCGCGUCUUCUGCUUCCUCGACCUCCUCCUCCUCCUCCUCCCCCUCCUCAUCGUCCUCCUCGUCGUCCUCCUCCUCCUCGUCCUCCUCUGCAGCGUCUUCCGGCACUCCGGGCAGCGGCUUGGAGCAGAGCAGUUUCCAGUGGAGCCCCUCGGGGCGCCGCACCGGCAGCCUCUACUGCAGAGUGGGCAUCGGCUUCCAUCUGCAGAUCUACCCGGAUGGCAAAGUCAACGGCUCCCACGAAGCCAAUAUGUUAAGUGUUUUGGAAAUAUUUGCUGUGUCUCAGGGGAUUGUAGGAAUACGAGGAGUUUUCAGCAACAAAUUUUUAGCGAUGUCAAAAAAAGGAAAACUCCAUGCAAGUGCCAAAUUUACAGAUGACUGCAAGUUCAGGGAACGGUUUCAGGAAAACAGCUAUAAUACCUAUGCCUCAGCUAUACACAGAACUGAGAAAACGGGCCGGGAGUGGUACGUGGCCUUGAACAAACGAGGGAAGGCGAAACGAGGCUGCAGCCCUCGGGUGAAACCCCAGCACAUCUCCACCCACUUCCUGCCCAGGUUCAAGCAGUCGGAGCAGCCAGAGCUUUCUUUCACAGUCACUGUGCCCGAGAAGAAGAAGCCCCCCAGUCCUGUGAAGCCCAGGGUCCCUCUCACUGCACCUCGGAAAAGCCCCAACACAGUGAAAUACAGACUCAAGUUUCGCUUUGGAUAG